AUGUCGGCAGGGUCCUCUCGGUCUCGGCAAGCGGCACCCGCCGCUGGUGGAGUGCGCCGCAUGCGUUGGACAAGGGAUAUGAACGCAAACGCACUGCGGGCGUACUUUAGGGCAAAAAGGGGAAGAAACUGCGGAUGGAUAGCGUAUCGGGCUCGGAUGCAUCGCUUUUUUGCUGAGCUGGAGCCGUCUAUUCCCGUCACGGAACAAAACCUGGCAGACCGAGUUCGGUACAUUAUGCGCUCGAAAAUAUUCGAUGACGCCGAGCUCGAACGACUACGACGUGAGGCCAUUCCCUCAUCGAAUGAAUUGGCUACGGCUGGGGAUGAGGCUCCUCAGGCGGAAAGACUGAUAAGCUUCAGGUCGGGUAAUAAUAGACCGAGGGUUGUGCGCACCGUUAGAAUGGCGUAUGCUGGGACAAAUAUCAGUUUGUCCCAGCCGGAUAUCACGCAGAAACUAACGGAGCGCAUAGAUGACCUGAAGCAAAAGAUCGCCGCUUGGGGGAAGCGGAUUCGCCGAUUUACCGAGAGGUCAAGGCGGUUCAACCAAAAUCGUCUUUUCCAGAGUGAUCAGAAGAGGCUCUACAAAUCAUCGGAGCGACCAGAGGUAUGUGGAGCGGGCCCAGGACCGGAUCAGGCUAAAACUGUCGCAUUUUGGCGUGGCCUGUGGUCAGAGCCCGUAAACCACAGCGAGGGCCCUUGGACGGAAGUUGUGGCGAGUCAGUGUGCGAGUAUUACGCCCAUGGACCCCGUCAUCAUAACGCCGGAUGACGUAGCUGAGGCGGUCCGUAGAGCCCCGAACUGGAAAAGUCCGGGACUCGACGGACUGCAUCACUACUGGCUGAAGGGGUUCAUGGUGUGUCACGCUGUGCUCGCCCGUCAGUUUCAAGAGGCUCUCAACCAGAAGUCGCUCCCUAGCCUCUUCACUACUGGGAUCACUCACUUGGUUCCUAAAGACCAGGGUGGAUGUGGUUAUAAAAAAUAUCAUUCAAUAAACAAAAUCUGCAUAAUAACAGAAGUUUAA